AUGGAUUUAAAACUUGGAUUAAUACCACACCAUCCAGGAUUAAAAGUAUUCAAUAAUAUACUUGCGGAUCUCGCUUUGUUUACAGCAUCUGAGUAUAAGUACAUGAUGAAAAUUAUAUUAUUUGUUCUUGAAGGUCUUUUUGAAAAAAAUCAAAAUGAACUACUCGUUCAAAUGUUUGUUAAUUGGAAUAAAAUGUAUAAUCAAUCAAGACAAUAUAAAUUUACACCAAGUGACCUUUACCAAUUUGAG